AUGACGCACGUAACCUGGAGUCCCGACUCGCAGACAGAGGACCUGGAUGCCAAGUUUCUUCAGCUCAUCACAGUCCAUGAUCGCGAUUUCCAGAGAUAUUCCAUCGAACACAAAAUCUAUUUUCAGCCGGUGGACGAUGAUGAAGUGGAACGUCUCGAUCUUCAACACUUAGUCUUCAAUAAGGCAUUUGACGACCGGCUCAUCUUCCCACCCCUGCCGAGCGACAACCCCGAGAGGAUUCUCGAUUGCGGCCACGGUACAGGAGCUUGGGCGGUCGAAGUAGCGGAGCAAUAUCCACAAUGCGAGGUCAUUGGGGUCGACAUAUCGCCCCAGAUGAGCCCUGAUUAUGCUCCGGACAAUCUAUGGUUUCAGGUCGACGAUCUGAAUCGCCCCUUUACCUUUCCGUCGAAUCAUUUCGAUCUCGUUCAUUCGAGGAUGCAAGCGACAGGCAUUGACCGAGCCAGAUGGCUGUCUUAUAUUUGGGAUAUCAAGAGAGUUCUGAAGCCGGGUGGCUGGGUCCAGAUGGUGGAGAUGUACUUCAAUGUGCAAUCAGACAAUGGGUCCCUCACCGAGGAUCAUGCGUUGAGACAAUGGAGCACCAAGUUCAUGCAGUCGUUGAAUGAUACAAAGGACCUUCGUGUAGGAACGCACUUGAGAGACCUUAUGGUGGCAGCAGGAAUGGACCAGGUGGAUGCAAAAAUGAUCCCUCUUCCUCUCUCUGGGUGGUCCAGUGAUCCAAGAGCACGGGACAUAGGUGCAGCCAACCUCGAAUGUACCAAACAGCUGCUAUCAGCAUUGGCGUUGUAUCCGAUGACUCAACGUCUGAGAAUGCCUUAUGAAGAGUUUCAGCGAAUGAUUUCCAGAGCACAGGAAGAAGCAGGAAGACCGGGCCUGAAAGCCUACUUUCCACUGUAUGUUUGUAUUGGGAGGAAGCCUCGGUAG